GUCAAAAUAUCAGAACAAGCUGAAAAGGUAUGAUAUUAAUUCUUAUCCAGCUCAUGUAUGUAAAACUUCAAUCCCUAGGUUGCAUAUGGCCAGCUCUCGCUCAAGUAGUUUGACAGAAAUGCACCGUACGCGUUUUAUAAACAAGAUCGACAAAGAGAGCCUCGAGCGUGGAGAUCAUAUUUAUGCUUACAGAAAGGGUGGCUUGUACUCCCACCAUGGAAUCUUCAUUGGGGAAGAUAGAGUGAUUCACUUCGUCAGAACAAAUGAGGGAAACACAUCGAGACGAGUCGAGCCAUGCCAAAAGUGCGGGGUUGACAAAAAUCACCUCCGAGGAGUCGUCAAGUCCUGCGUCGACUGCUUCCUCAAUGGCCACAGCCUCCGCCGCUACCGAUACAGUGCAAGUCAUCGCCGCUUUGCUACCAACCUUGGAGGCACCUGCACCACCGGCGAUGCUGACCCGCCAGAUGUGACCAUCAGCCGCGCCGAAGACCUGUUUAACACGAAAGAUUUUGGGGACUAUGACUUGCUUAAGAACAACUGCGAGACCUUUGCGGUGUUCUGCAAGACGGGGAAGCGCAGGAGCGACCAGGCGGACACGGGUAUAUUACUGAUCAAGGCGGCGGUUGAGGUGGCGAUUAAGAGGCUUUAUCAUGAUGUGGAGACUCAUCACGGCGAGGACAAGAUCAAAGAGUUAAAGCAGGCGAUUGACAGGUUUUUUAGUGGUCUAGAUCUGUCGAUUCAACACGGCAGGGAAAAGCUCAACAAGUUCAAGCAGAUGAUUGAUGGGUGGCUCGCUAAUAGUUCGUCGCCUGAAGAGAUACGUGACGGAUUAAAAAAUCUUGAAAAGGAUCAGGAGGGUCAUUAACUCAUGAUCUGAUCAGCGAUGAACGUUGAGAUGAUUUGAAAUUAAGGAGCUAUGAUCCAUGCAAGGGGGUUGGUUGAUUAUUAUUGCAUGUUUAGGUAAUUAAUGGAGUGUUAUUCUAUGUAUGUGAAUUGGAAUGACUAGAAGCAUAUAUAAUUUGUA